AAAACCGUAGACCGGCGUCAACACCGGGAAAAUGCCGAACUGAAUUCCCUCAUUUUCCCCUCUUCAAAGGCUCUUAAAACAGCGCGAGACCUCUGCUGUACGUGUUGUUUUGUUUCGGAGCUUGUAUAAAGACUAAAAUGCUUCAGCUUGGAAACUUGUUUACCCACUUUCAUCUCAGCUCCAAAGCCUCAGAAAGUGCCCAAGGCCAGAACCAACCAUUCACACAUACGCUACCUGAAUUUUUACAACAUGUUAGGAAACUCACCGGGCUAAGAAAGGAAGAUGUUUACUGCAAUCUGCGUAUCCCCAACCAGUUUCAGACUACCAAAGAUGACAUCAACAUUGUUAUCCUCACAGGCCAUGGGAUCUUCUGCAUUGAUGUAAAACCCUGGAGAGGCACAGUGUCCACUCACAACCAAAACUGGCAUGUGCAAGUGAGAGAAGAGGACCAAAACUUUACCAAUACCUGCAUUGAGCAGAUUGAAGAUCCCCUUAAAGCUAUCAUGACCAAGACUGCUAACUUAUGUGGCCAUUUGAAGAGGAGUGGAGUGUCUGUGCGCCAAAACCUUUUCUUCCCCAGGGUCAUCUUCCUCUCCCCCAACUGCGAGCUGGAGGAGGAGCUGAGGAAGAAGAGGGAGCUGGUCUCCCACAGCCAGAUAGAUGACUUCCUCAGAUCUUUCACGGAGGGCUACAUGGCCUGGAUAUCAGAUGCACUGACGCCCUCCUGGCUCUCUGGUCAUCUGUCGUACAGGCAGAUGGAGUCAGUGCGGGAGGUCCUGAGGAGGGUGGGAACAUGGGAUCUGGUGCGGCUGCACUGUGGCGAGCAGCUGAAAGGAGACUACCAGGGCUGCCAGUACAUCGCUCUGAACCGACAGGAGACGGACACGCUUGAGUUUUCCAGAGUCAGGACCCUGUCAGCUGAUUCACUGUGGGCCCUGCUGGGACAUGUUCCUCAGGUAACAGUUAAAAUGUAUAAGCGUGGAUCUCACGGCUGGCUGGGUAAGUCCCUGAGCGCCACUACCACCAUCCCAUCCAACACCUUUGUGAUCUUCAGAAUCAGUGGGGAGGAAGCAGAUGCCAAAAUCCCAGCAAACACCAUUCACAGCAUCACACUCAGCAUAUGACUGUGUUCAUCAUCAAUAAAGAGGAUAGCCAUCACAGCAAAUGUGCAGAUGAAAAAACCAAACUCUUUAUUAACUCAAACCCAAUCACAUUUUUACUGAGUGCCUUUUACUAUGCAGUGUUUGUAUUUUGUCAUAUUGAACUAAGAAAAAUUUCUGAAUGUCUUUAUGUGAACAUUUAUUGAAAAAAAGAAAAAGCCCCAUUCGCCAGUUUUCCCUAUCCUCUGAUCCCUGGUGGCAAUAUUAUGUUAAUGAAGAUGGUUUCCGACAAUUAGCCUGAUUAACUUUCUCUUGUUUUGAAUUUCUAGGGCUAGCCCACACUUUACACUAGCCAUUAAUUAAUCAUUAUGUUAGCUGAUUGUGUCACAUCAGUUCAGGAUUGAAGUGUUUAAUGUGUUAAUUGUGGCAGUUAAAAACUGGUGGCCUCUGGUACGAUGAGGGCCGAGCAUGUUACUGCGUCUGUGGGUUUAAUGGGAAGUGAUUUACGGUCUGUUUAGACGGUGUAACUGUAAGGUGCUUUAUUAAUAUGCUCUACUGCACAGAGGAGACGAUAACGUAUUCAAGAGCGCACAGGCGCAGCCACCAGCACCAUUCAUAACUGUGUCUGAGUCACUUUCCAUCAGUUACCCUGGCUUACACAGCUGCGCUAACAGCUAGCAAUUGUAUUUACUGGGCCUGGUAGUGGCCAAAAUGAAGUUAUUUCCAUCAAGAUAUCAGUGCCUUUAGCUAAUGCAAUAGAGGGAGCUCUCUGUGUUGAUGGUAUCUCUUUGCAUGGCAUCUCUCUACCUGAAACAUCAUUACACUGUACUCAAGCUCCUCACUUUUUCAAAUGUCUGUUUACUGUUUUACCUGAGGGACAGAUCAUUGGUAGUUGUACAAACAGCGUUGUGUUGUUUGCACUGGCAGGUGCACAUUUUUUAGACUCUGGUUGUCAGUCAACAUUGCUUGAAUUUGUAAGCAUUUUGAUUAAUUCAUUGUCAUUGUAUAUUUAAACUUCAAUACUAAAGAGUUCCUCAGGAACAGUUCUCUCCACAGCACUUGACAAACAAUAUUAGAUGAUCUGGGAUUAGAAGGAAAUUACUAUAUGUAAUUCUGAUAAGUGGUAGGUGCAUGCAGGUUUUACUGUAUUUUUCAUUAUGGAAUAUAUUAAAAUUGAUUGAUUGAUUGUUUUUUUUUUAAACGCACUUUCAGCAUCAAGCCAACUCAAGAAGCAUGAUUGCUAACCAUACUCUUCAGUUGAUUGAUAUAAGCAUGAUGGUUUUAUUCAUUGGUGUGUGUUUUUUUUUUUUUUUGUCAUUGUGUUUUUAAGUUUACAUCUAUUUGUACUAUAUGG